GGGAGGGACAGCUGUGAUACUGACAGAGACCUGGGACACCAGACAGAAAGGCGGACAGUUCACAGUUUACAAUUGGAGAGUAAUAGAUUGGAAUGAUGCAACAAUGUACUGGAAUCUGGCAAUGAUGGAUUGGAAGAAUACAACACUGGAUUUGAAACUAAGAACAAACAAUUGGAAUGUUACAACAACAGAUUGGAAUGAAUUGACAAUGUUUCAACAUGUCAGAACAGUUGAUGUGAAUGGUAAAACAGUGGGAAGGGGAUUCAUUGAGAUGUUGCAUUCGCUUUCUGCUACUUCUGUUCGGAAGCCACUGAGACACCGCAUUCAAAUUGUUCUUCGGAUUAUCCAAUUUAUUUAUUAUCCGAUUCUCGCUAUCGUUGCAGUGCCUGGUCCGGUUGUGAGGUCUGUAACCCUGGCUGUCUUCGAGUCUUAUUGAGUGUUCACUGACACAGUAUCCAUUCCUCCAUUGACCUCAUGUGUAUGUAUUUGAGGUAUUUGAUCGAUUAAUACUAAAAUCCUUGCUUGCAUUUACAAACACUCUUGCUGUACCAUUGGUUCCAUCACGUAUUUAAAUGAGGGCAGCAUCUCAUAGAUGUUACCCAAAUCCAAAUUCAUCGGUAUACAAUUCAGGAGAGUUUCGCUGAUUUACUAUUUCAGGCAAAUAUAUUGCAAGAGCCAUGAACACUUCAGUUAACAGCAACUUUUGUCUCAUCUUAUAUUUUCAUUUUGUGCUCAAUUUAUGGAAUAACAGCCGAUGCAUGCACAAAAUAAAUUAAAUAAAGAUGCAAUAUUUGUGACAGGAACGGAUACAAAAUGCCAUUUGUACAACUCAAUCAGUGCUCAGUAAAACUGGUAACAUUAUUCCAAGCUGAAAUUACAUCUUCAUUGUUUGCUUUCCUCACAGCCAACAUAGUAACAAUUGUGAUCCUGUCGCAGGAAAAGUGUGGUCUCUCCCGAUGUGUGUCUCACUACCUGGUAGCCAUGGCAAUAGCAGAUCUCCUGGUCACUAUCUUUGACCUCAUAUUGCGACACAUUCUAUUUGUCUAUUUGGAUGGGCAACAUCUUUUAGAAGGUCUCCCCGUGUGUAAUAUCCAUGCUGUUUUGAUUUAUGCAGCCACUGACUGUUCUGUCUGGUUCACCGUCACUUUCACCUUUGAUCGAUUUGUAGCCAUUUGUUGCCCAAAUCUGAGAAGUAAAUAUUGCAAUGUGCAAACAGCAGCUGUGGUUCUGGCAACAGUGACUGGAUUGAGCUGUCUGAAGAACAUUUUCUGGUAUUUUAUGCUUCGUAAUAAGUAUCAUGUCGGCAGCAGAGCCUGGUUUUGUUGGGUGAAAAGGGAUGUGAAAUCUUCUCCAGUCUGGGCAGCAAUUGAGUUCUGUCAUUACAUCCUAACACCAGGAGUUGCCUUUAUUCUCAUUCUGCUUCUCAAUUUUUUAAUGGUUAGACACAUUGUAGUGACCAGUAGAUCCCGCAGGAGACUCCAUCAGCAGAGCAAGAGAAAGAGCGUCAAAGACCCAGAGAUGAAGAGUCGAAUGAAUUCUAUAAUUUUAUUGUUUCUUAUCUCAGGAAAUUUCAUUCUAUUAUGGUCAGUAUCAAUGGUGUAUUCCAUCUCUCGGAGAAUUUUUUUUUUGGGAUAUAAGUCUUUAGAUCUGCGUAUUUUUGCAAUGGAACUGGGCUACAUGUUGCAGAUGCUGAGUUGCUGCACAAACACUGUUAUUUAUGUCAUCGCACAUCCUAAGUUCAGAGAGCAUUUGAAGAAUAUUGUGUACUAUCCCUUUACUCCAAUUGUGAAAUGUAUUAAACAUUGAAACUGACUGUAGAAUUACAUUAUCAGCAAUCAAUUUUGUAUGCGUUUCUGUCUAAUCCACAGUCCUGGUGUCUUAUUAAUAGACAUCAUUGAAAAAAGAUGAUAUCUCCAGGACCUUUGAUCUGUGAUUUUUUUCCUGCCUAAUUUGACAGCCUGUGCACCAGUGCCAGUACACUGUUUCUCUGCAUCUCAAUCCAAGUGUGAGUGUGUGGCUGUGCAUGUGUAGAAGCAUCAGAUGGACAAAUAGAGGAACAGGUCCAGUAACAGACACACUACUCAAGAGUGACACAACAUGACGAAAUGUCGUUCAGUUUGAGAGCGUUAAA